AUGGGUGAAAAUUUCAAAAAAUAUUUUAAAUUUGAGGAAAAGGUGAUUCGACUGAAAGGGUUAAAAUCAGAUCAAGGAAACAGUCGAAAGAGGUAUUAUAAAGAAUACAAAAAUUUCAGAAUAGCUGAUCCUGAAUUCAGGGCAGCUGAAAAUUUGAGAGAAACUCCCAAUAAGAGGAAAAAAAGAAAUGAAGAUCCUGAUUACUGGGAUUUGAAGAAAGAGGUUGGAGCUGAAAGUGCCAGAAGAGCUGAUCCUGAUUUCAGAGCAGCUGAAAGAGAAAGGGAAGUCUAUGGUAAACAGACUCAGAGAGCUGAUCCUGAUUUCAGAGUAGCUGAAAGAGAAAGGGAAGUCUAUGGUAAACAGACUCAGAGAGCUGAUCCUGCUGUAAGAAAAGCUGAAAGAGAAUUGGAAGUCUAUGGUAAACAGACUCAGAGAGCUGAUCCCGCUGUAAGAAAAGCUGAAAGAGAAUUGGAAGUCUAUGGUAAACAGACUCAGAGAGCUGAUCCUGUUGUAAGAAAAGCUGAAAGAGAAUUGGAAGUCUAUGGUAAACAGACUAAGGGAGCUUAUCCUGCUGUAAGAAAAGCUGAAAGAGAAUUGGAAGUCUAUGGUAAACAGACUAAAAGAGAUGAUCCUCAAUUUAAGGCAGAAAAUGCUAAAAAGCAUGAUGCAGCAAUGAUUGCUGAAAAAGAUAAUUUGGAUGAUGCCUGGGACAAAGAAGUCCCUCCAGGUUAA